AUUAGUGUGGGACAGACAGUUGCCAUAGAAACAACCUAACUGAGCCGACAGACAACGCACAGGUUUUCAAGUAGAAAGUAGUAAAAUGGACUCGGAGUAUUUGAAGACAUUUUUGGAGGACUGUCUGGCGGAGGGACUGGCUCAAGUGGCCCAACAGCGACCUGAGGACCCCAUUCGAGCUUUGGCUUACUGGCUUCACAAACACGGCAGGAAACAGGAGCAGCAGGAUGCGAAAGCCAAAGAAGAAGCACCGCGCCAGGAGAAUCUGAGAGAGCAUGAGGAGAAGGUGGAGGAGGUUAGCAAGACCGUGGGAGAAUCUAAGGAUGAAACUGAGGAGCACACAGAGUCUGAGGCAACGGCUGAAGUCACUGUAGAAGCUGCUGAGGAUAAAAUGUCUGGAGAAGAAGAGAAACCAAGCACUCCUGAUCCAGGAAACCAGGAGAGUUUAGACCAACAUCAGCCUGAGGAGGAAGCAGAGACAACUGUGRAACAUGCUGGAGGAAAACCUGAGCAAGAACCAAACCCUGAUCCAACAGAAGUGAUGGAGGCAGACCAAGAAGAAGAAAAGGUGGCUGAAGCUGCAGAACAAGAAGAACCAGAACAAACUGACCAACUGCAACCAACUCCCAGACAAGAUGAUGCUGGUUUAAAAUCCAGUGAUGCAGACAACAACUUGGAUGAUGAAAGUGACGCUCGGCACGAAGAGAAGGUCGAUGAACAAGAGGAAGAUGACGCUGAAGACUCUGGCCAAUCAGAGGCAGCGUCAGCACGGCAGAGCGCAAUCCUGACAGCAGAGGAGAACUUUCCAAAGCAAGAACAAGAACAAAACGUGACAGAAACCACAGAGGAGACACACAAAUCCAGCUCGGCUUCUCUUCAGGACCAGGAAAAGGUCGAUGAAGAAGAAACAGUUAAAYCUGAAGACUCCUCUGAGCCAGAAGCGGCAGCCUCGGGCAAUCUCAACCCAGAGCAGACGUUUCCUCAUCGAGAAACAGAAGAAGACACGCUGGAGACAGAACAACCCAGUGGCCUUGUUCUUCAGAACCAGGAGCAGGAGGCAGACGAGCAAGCCACGAGUGAGCUGACCGUUAGCUCGGCUCCAGCUGAGACUGACCCAUCACCAGAGUGAAAGCUGCAGGAGUGAGACUGGGAGAAGAUAUGAAGCUGAUGACCUGCUGUUGAAUCAUUUAGAAAAGUCAGUGUCUCAGUUUGAACAUUAUUGUCCCAGUGGUGUAAAUGCAAACACAAAAUGUAAAAUAAAUGUUGAUUGUUUAUUGAUUAA